UUAAAUAUUAGUAAAGAGACACUGAUACACCUCCUAACCAUUAGAUUGUGUCCACAGAAGUUAGAAAGAUAAAGAAGAUAAAAAAACUAAAGUGAACAGAGACUGUUUACAGAGCAAUGGUGCCGGAGACUCCUAAACUGCACAUCAUGGUGUUUCCAUUCCCAGCACAAGGCCACUUACUUCCACUUCUAGACUUAACUCACCAACUCUGUCUUCACGGUGUCGAUGUCUCCGUCCUCGUCACCACCGGAAACCUCCAAUACCUCUCUCCUCUCCUCUCUGCUCAUCCCUCCUCCGCCGUAACUCCCAUCGUUUUCCCUUUCCCUUCUCAUCCUUCACUCCCUCCCGGCGUUGAAAACGUUAAAGAUAUCGGUAACUCCGGUAGUCUUCCAAUCAUAGCCUCUCUUCGUCAGCUUCGUGACCCUAUUAUCCACUGGUUCCGUUCUCACCAAAACCCUCCUGUUGCUCUCAUCUCUGACUUCUUCCUUGGAUGGACACACGAUCUUUGCAAUCAAAUCGGUAUUCCUCGCUUUGCUUUCUUCUCUUCCGGUGCAUUAUUAGCUUCCGUUCUUCAGUUCUGCUUCAAAAAUAUCGACAUCGACAAGUCUACGGAUCCGGUUCAUUUCUUGGAUCUUCCUGGUUCCCCUGUUUUCAAGGAAGAGCAUCUUCCGUCGGUGGUUCGACGCUGCCUUGGAUCUCCUUCACCAGAUAUUAGAAGCUUUAAAGAUGAUAGCUUGAUGAAUUUUUUGAGCUACGGUUGCGUUUUUAAUACGGCUGAGUGUUUAGAAAAAGAGUACUUGGAUUACGUGAAACAGAGGGUAGGUCAUGAUCGGGUUUUUGGAGUUGGCCCGCUUUGUUCGAUCGGGUUGGACCCGGGUGGUGCGGAUGAAUCCGGUCCAUUGCUGAGUUGGCUCGACGGAUGUCCAGAUGGUUCUGUGCUUUACAUCUGCUUCGGAAGUCAAAAGGUGUUGACUAAAGAACAGUGUGAUGCUCUGGCCCUUGGACUUGAGAAGAGCGUGACUCGGUUUGUUUGGGUGGUUAAGAAAGACCCGUUACCCCAGGGAUUCGAGGAUCGGGUAUCGGGUCGGGGAAUGGUUGUUAAAGGGUGGGUCCCGCAGCGUGCGGUGUUGAGACAUGUAGCGGUAGGCAGGUUUUUGAGCCAUUGUGGAUGGAACUCGGUGCUUGAAGCAAUAACGAGUGGAGUCACGGUGUUAGGGUGGCCAAUGGAGGCAGACCAGUUUGUGAACGCGAGGUUGCUGGUGGAGGAUUUGGGAGUGGCGGUUCGGGUUUGCGAAGGAGCUGAAACAGUACCGGACCCGGAUGAGUUGGGUCGGAUCAUAGACGAAACAAUGGGUGAGAGUCGACGUGAAGUGGGUGCUCGGGCGGAGGAGAUACGGAGGAAGUUAGAGGCCAAAGGAAGCUCUUUUGAAGAUUUAGAAAGACUUGUCAAGGAAUUUGGUAGUCUUUAAAGAUUCCGGGGUCAAGAGAAAUAAAAAGUACACAAGCAAAUGACAAAAAGUGAUUUUACGUUCAUAUUUGUUCCAGUAUGAGUUGAAUUUGUCUUUGGUUGAGGAUCAUAUUUUGUAACGCGAAGAUGAAACUUAUAUUAAGCCAUUUACAGAAGAAAAAAGGUAAUCGAACUUGAAGAGGCAGUUGUUUUUGACAGGGUUGCAUCAAAUUCUACUGAACAAUAAGGCACCUAAGAGAACUAGAUUCAAGAUUGACUUCA